AAAGAGCACGCAGCGCAGCACUGAGGCACCACUUCCUGCACUCACUGCUAGCUGCUCACACCGUAGUAGUAACAGUCCAUCACCCCAGGCACCACCAAUGGCUCCCAAGGUUGCGCUCUUCCUUGCCCUCGGCCUCCUCUUCGCUGCCGCCGCCCAUGGCUGCGAACCCUACUGUCCUGGCCCAGUCGUCCCAACGCCGCCAGUCGUGCCGACGCCAUCGUCGCACAGUCACGGGCGCUGCCCGAUCGACGCGCUCAAGCUCAAGGUGUGCGCCAACGUGCUCGGCCUCGUCAAGGUCGGCCUGCCCCAACACCAGCAAUGUUGCCCGCUGCUGGAGGGGUUGGUGGACCUCGACGCCGCACUAUGCCUCUGCACCGCCAUCAAGGCCAACGUCCUCGGCAUCCACCUCAACGUGCCCCUUAGCCUCAACCUUAUCCUCAACAACUGCGGCAAGAUUUGCCCAAAAGACUUCACUUGCCCCAACUAAGCUUGGGAUCUCUUGUGUGCUCCAUCUCGUGAUUAUAUUUACAAGCAUGUUGGCCUCUUGCAAUAUUAGCGAAUAAGUUUGUCGUUUCAAAUUCUUUCGCUGUACCUUUGACGAUUGUAUUUGUGUGGAGUUAUAUUUGAAAUUUUAAUGAUCAAUAAGAAAUAUUCGUGUUUUUUAUUUUGAGAAAAAAGGA